GGUCUGGGCUUGGAGUUGCGCCGCUGGUCCAGCCCGUGGGAGCCGCGAGGGGCAGAGGCGCCAUGGGGAAGCUGCGUCGGCGGUAUAACAUCAAGGGGCGCCAGCAGGCCGUCCCCGGCUCUUCGAAGUCCCCCCCCGAGCCGCCCCCCGUGCGGUUGGAACUAGAAGACCAGGGCACGUUGAAAGGAGUUGAUGCAAGCAAUGCGCUUGUCCUGCCGGGGAAGAAGAAGAAGAAGCCCAAAGCCCCACCCCUGUCGAAGAGGGAAAAGAAGCCUCUGACCAAGAAAGAGAGGAAAGUGCUGCAGAAAAUCUUAGAGCAGAAGGAGAAAAAGAGCCAGCGAGCAGAGAUGCUGCAGAAAUUGAGUGAAGUCCAGGUUUCAGAGGUCGAGAUGAGACUUUUUUAUACCACGUCGAAGCUGGGCACUGGGGAGCGCAUGUACUACACCAAAGAGAAACCCAGUGAGAUUGCAGCCCAGGGUCAGGAGAAGAUCAGCAGCCUGAGUGGGGCCCACCGGAAGCGGCACUGGCCGUCAGCAGAGGAGGAAUCCGAGUCCUCGGAGGAGGAGUCUGAGCCUGACGAGGCCCCAGCCCCUGAGCAGGCUGGGGCUGGUGCAGGGACAGCAACAGCACAUAUGCCGCCAGCUCCACUGGGGACCAGGGAUGAGAGCACAGUGCCCAGCAGUCAGCUCUCCCCAGCUGGGACUUCUGCCCCCACCCCUCCAGCAGUAGCCUCCACCCUGGACAGGCCCCCAGCCAAGCCCGCCAUAUUCAUCCCUUUGAACCGCUCCCCAGAAAUGCAGGAAGAACGGCUAAAGCUCCCCAUUCUCUCUGAAGAACAAGCAAUCAUGGAGGCUGUGGCCGAGCACCCCAUUGUCAUCGUGUGUGGCGAGACUGGCAGCGGGAAGACCACGCAGGUGCCUCAGUUUCUCUAUGAAGCUGGUUACAGCAGAGACGACAGCAUCAUCGGUAUCACAGAGCCCCGCCGUGUGGCCGCUAUGGCCAUGUCCCAGCGAGUGGCCAAGGAGAUGAAUCUUUCCCAGCGGGCCGUCUCCUACCAGAUCCGGUAUGAAGGAAACGUGACCGAAGAGACCAGAAUCAAGUUCAUGACAGAUGGCGUGUUACUCAAGGAAAUCCAGAAGGACUUCCUGCUGCUGAAGUACAAGGUGGUGAUCAUUGACGAAGCUCAUGAGAGGAGUGUAUACACGGACAUCCUCAUCGGCCUUCUGUCCCGCAUCGUGUCUCUCCGGGCAAAGAGGCACCUGCCACUGAAGCUGCUUAUCAUGUCGGCCACACUGCGGGUAGAGGACUUCACCCAGAACCAGCGGCUCUUUGCCAAGCCACCCCCAGUCAUCAAGGUGGAAUCCAGGCAGUUCCCAGUGACGGUGCAUUUUAACAAGCGGACACCAAUGGAAGACUACAGUGGCGAGUGCUUCCGGAAGGUCUGCAAGAUCCACCGGAUGCUGCCUGCAGGCGGCAUCCUGGUGUUCCUGACAGGGCAGGCAGAGGUACACGCACUGUGCCGCAGGCUCAAGAAGGCCUUCCCAGCCCGCAGGCCCUGGCUUCAAGGAACGGAAGAUCAGAGAGACUCAGUGGAAGAAAUGCGGAAGUUUAAGAAGUCACGGGCGAGGGCCAAGAAGGCUCGGGCUGCGACGCUGCCUCAGAUCAACUUGGAUAACUACUCGGUGUUGCCAGCGGGCGAAGGCGAUGAAGACAGGGAGGCAGAAAUGGAUGAUGAAGAGGAAGCCCCUGGCUCUGAUCUUGACCUGGACUUAGGGGAUGAUGGAGCAGACACAGGUGAGGAGCUGGAUGCCUCCCUCCCACUCCACGUGCUCCCCCUCUACUCCCUGCUGGCCCCGGAGAAGCAGGCACAGGUCUUUAAACCUCCCCCAGAGGGGACGCGGCUGUGUGUAGUGGCCACCAACGUGGCUGAGACAUCCCUGACCAUCCCUGGCAUCAAGUACGUGGUGGACUGUGGGAAGGUAAAGAAGCGCUACUACGACCGUGUCACUGGCGUGUCCUCCUUUCGCGUCACCUGGAUCUCCCAGGCGUCGGCUGACCAGCGGGCUGGCCGAGCGGGCCGGACAGAGCCAGGCCACUGCUACAGGCUAUAUUCAUCUGCGGUUUUUGGUGACUUUGAGCAGUUUCCUCCUCCUGAGAUCACCCGGAGGCCCGUUGAAGACUUGAUCCUGCAGAUGAAAGCUCUCAGCAUUGAAAAGGUCAUCAACUUCCCCUUCCCAACACCUCCCUCCAUGGAGGCCCUCAUCGCUGCCGAGGAGCUGUUGAUUGCACUGGGGGCCCUGCAGGCACCCCAGAAAGCAGAAAGGAUGCAGCAGCUGCAGAGGUCCCGUCUGAGCUGCCCCAUCACCAUGCUGGGCAGGACCAUGGCCGCGUUCCCUGUGGCACCCCGCUACGCCAAGAUGCUGGUGCUGAGCCAGCAGUAUGGCUGCCUGCCCUACGCCAUCACCAUCGUGGCCGCCAUGACAGUGCGUGAGCUGUUUGAGGAGCUAGACAGACCAGCUGCCAGCGAUGAGGAGCUCACCAAGCUGAAGGGCAGGCGGGUCCGGGUGGCCCAGAUGAAGAGGACCUGGGCAGGACAGGGAGCUUCUUUGAAACUUGGCGAUGUCAUGGUGCUGCUGGGUGCCGUGGGAGCCUGUGAGUAUGCUGGCUGCACACCCCAGUUCUGUGAGGCCAAUGGGCUGCGGUACAAGGCCAUGCUGGAGAUCCGGCGCCUGCGGGGCCAGCUGACCACCGCAGUCAACACUGUGUGCCCUGAGGCCAGGCUCUUUGUGGAUCCCAAGAUGCAGCCGCCCUCCGAGAGCCAGGUGACCUACCUGCGGCAGAUGGUGACGGCCGGACUGGGCGACCACCUGGCCCGCAGGGUGCAGAGUGAGGAGCUGCUGGAUGACAAGUGGAGGAACGCCUACAAGACCCCUCUCCUUGAUGACCCCGUCUUCAUCCACCCCAGUUCCGUCCUUUUCAAAGAGCUCCCUGAGUUUGUGGUCUACCAGGAAAUUGUGGAGACCACCAAGAUGUACAUGAAAGGCGUCUCCACCGUGGAGAUUCAGUGGAUCCCAGUCCUACUGCCUUCUUACUGCCAGUUCGACAAGCCCCUGGAGGAGCCGGCCCCUGCCUACUGCUCCAAGAGCGGCCGGGUUCUGUGUCACCGGACCAGCGUGUUCUAUCGCGUUGGCUGGCCACUCCCUGCCGUCCAGGUGGAUUUUCCGGAGGGCAUUGACUGCUACAAGCACUUUGCCCGGUUUCUGCUGGAAGGGCAGGUCUUUCGCAAGCUGGCCUCAUACCAGGGCUGUUUAUUGUCCAACCCCAGCACAAUGCUGAAGACGUGGGCAAGGCUGCAGCCCAGGACAGAGAGUCUCCUGAGAGCCCUUGUUGCAGAGAGGGCAGACUGCCACGAUGCCUUGCUAGCUGCCUGGAAGAAAAACCCCAAAUACCUGCUGGCUGAAUACUGUGAGUGGCUCCCGCAGGCCAUGCAUGCCGACGUUGAGAAGGCCUGGCCCCCCACCUCUUCUUGCUGACCCAAUGCCUGGCUGCAGGGCUGAAGACUGGUUUGGACUGAGGGAGCUACCAGCGUCCACUUUCCAGUGUGGUCACCCUGGCCUCCUGGCCUGCUCCCAGGAGGCAUCUCAAACCCCUGCAAACCAUCAUUCACCUCAACCCAAAUCUGGACAAAGCUUGCUGCUGUCUGGGCUGUGCAUCUCAGGGGUGACUUUUUGUUAUUUAAAGGUGCUCUUUGGACUACAUUAGUUCCUUGUGGAGCAGCAGGGCUGGGGUGUCUGCAGGCCCUUCCCGAAGGCUGAGGAGGUGCCUGGAGGGAGUAUCCUUCCCACAUUUCUUUCUCCCUACAACAAGGGAGGCCCCUGGCCCUGGCCCUGGCAAUGGCCUUGGCCUUGGAGCUCCGCUCCAACCUCGGGGGUUGGCCUGGGGCUCCGGUGGAAGGCUGGCCCCAGUCCCUUUCCUGUGUUGAUCACAGGAAUGGGCAUCUUGUCCCCCUGGUGGUCAGCUCUCAGAGGCAGGGAGCUGACCUUAUCCAUCCUUGGUCACCUCUACCAUGCUGCAGAGGGCAGGCCUAGCACUGGGCAGAGGCCACAUAUCCCCCCCUCCAUGGACUCCUCCAUAUCCCUCCCUCUUUCCUCUAUGGCAGAGUGAAAGGGAGAAAGGCAGAGGUGGGUCCCAGGGUGAGAAGGAGGGACAGGAGGGUCCUAGGCAGGACCAAGGAGUAAGGAGGUCCCUCCCCUUCCGUCCUCCAUGCUGAGGGCCUGGAUGGCUCCCCAGUGCCAAGCCCGUGCCAGGAUGGACUCUGGUCCUGGUGAGCUGCUUCGGCAGCUUUGGUGGAGAUGCAGUUAUAAAAUACAGAUUCCUGGGCUGGCCCGUGGCUCACUCGGGAGCUCACUCCUCUAAACUACACCAAGGCCACGGGUUCAGAUCCUAUAUAGGGAUGGCCGGUUAGCUCACUUGGGAGAGUGUGGUGCUGACAACACCAAGUCAAGGGUUAAGAUCCCCUUACAGUCAUCUUUUUAAAAAAAAAUAAAGAUAAAAAUAAAAAAAUAAAGAUUACUUCCACCCAGACAUUUUGUGGGAUGGACUCAGGGAAAGACAUCCAGGUAGACACAGUGCCAUCCCCUGGGGAUUGCCCUGGUGACCUGACUUGGCUGCCUCAGUACCACUCCCUCGUGCUGGCUGGGCUUCCUUACCUCCCAGGCAGCUCUCAAUCCCUGAGCAGGUUCCCUCUUCCUGCCUGUCCUGGAGAAGUGGGACCCAGCCCUUCUCCCUCCGCAUCCCUCCCCGGGGAGCUCAGUCCCUCCAGCAGCUGCUGAGGUGGUGCCUGAGGCCCAGGGCAGCCUGCAGACCCGCCCAGUGAUUGAGGAAAACUUUAACUUGCUAAGAUGUAGAAUUGGGAUGUUUCCCACUCAAAACCCCUGAUGUCCAGCUCUUCCAGAAAACUCCACCUGCACAGUGCUGGCAGUUCUGAGAUCAAAGUGGGAGCCACUCCCCAGCUACUGUCUCUCAGUUACUGCAGGCACCCCAUCAGCCACCUCACUCCACAGCCGCAGCAGAGGAGCCUCAGUUACUGAGUAGGCAAUUCUUUUUUAAAAGAAAGUUUUAUAAAAUUUUGUAAUGAACCUACCAUAAAACUCACAGUUUUAAGGUGUACAGUUCAGGGGCUUUUAGUAUAUUCACAUUUGUGCAACUGUUAUCAUUAUCUAAUUCCAGAGCAUUUUCAUAAACCUAAAAAGGCACCUUGCACCCAUCAGCAGUCAACCUGUUUCUCCCACUCCUUCAGCUCCAGGCCCCACAAAUCUGCUCUGUCUCUGUGGAUCUGCCCGUUCUGGACAUCUCAUCUAAAGAACAUACCAUCUGCGGCCUCUGUGUCUGGCUUCUUCUGUUUAGCACAGUGUUUGCAAGGUCCACCUGUGUUGCAGCGUGUGUCAGUGCUUCAUUCCUUUUUAUGGCUGGAUCAUAUUCCAGUGUGUGCAUGUGCCACAUUGUGUUUGUUCUUCUGUUGAUGUCACCUCUCGCAGAGUAACAGAGACACGAAAGAUUACUCAGAGCCAAUGUAUUCAAAGCAAUGAGAAGCCCAAAAGGACUGCACAGAGGAAAACUCCUUCAAGAGAGGAGAGCCCAGGCACAGCCCCGAGCCAGUUUUUGCUUCGGUUUUUAUUGUAAAGACAAGAAAGUUACAGAAGAAAAACAGGUGGUAAAUCAGUCAGUGAAAACAAACUGGCUAUGUGAGUGACAAUCUUCAUUAAAGCAGGUGUAACUUAAAACCGUUUGAGCAAUUUACCAUCAAAAAGAGUCAUAAACCUAAGCUGUGUGACAUACAAAAAGGAACAAUGAGAUAAUCACCGAAGUAUCUAACUCCCCAAGAAACUCAAAGAAACAGCUUAGGGCAAGAUAUGGGAUGUCCCCCAAGCACUAACUAGCAGAAUAUCCUUGAAGAUUUUAGCUCACAUACUUUCCCAUUAUUUAGGUUUACCUGCACCAAGGGCAACUGCCCCCAGAGCAAUCACUUUUCACUGUGCUUCAAUUCUCUUAUCUACAUCAAAGGCUUUAGUCCUGUGAAAGUUUUCUAGUCUUUUUCAAUCUUAGCACUUCUACGUGUUUUCCUAAAGGGUUGGGCUUUGGCCCCUUAACUAGAGGCUUUGGCCUCCUAAACUAUAGGACUUUGGUCCUCUAAACUACAGGCUUUGUCCUUCUAAGCUAUAGGCUUUGGCCUAGACUAAGGACUUUGGUCCUCUAAACUACAAGCUUUGGCCUUCUACACUAAGGACUUUGGUCCUGCGAAAUAUGUGUGUUUUAUUUCUGUCCCAUUAAUAACUUCUUAGUCAAUACCGUCCGCAUGUUGAGAGGCAUUUGGGCUAUUUCCACCUUUUGGCUCUUGUGAAUAGCACUGCUGUGAACAUUCAUGUAUAAGUUUUUGUGUGGAUAUGUUCUCUAUUCUCAUUCUCUAGGUAUACACCUAGGAGUAAAAUUGCUGGGUCAUGUCGUAACGGUUUAACUUUUAGGGAACUGCCAGAUUUUCCCACAGUGGCCGCGCCAGUUUACAUUCCCACCUGCAAUGUAUGAAUUCUUUCACAUCCUCACCAACACUGAUUUUCCUUUUCUUUCUUUCUUUUUUUUUUUUUAUUCUAGCCAUCCUAGUGUGUGUGAAGUGGUAUCUUAUUGUACUUGUGUUUGUUUUUUGUGGUGGCUGGCCUGUACAGAGAUUUGGGGGUUCAGACCCUUGACCUUGGUGUUAUCAGCACCACACUAACCCACUGAGCUAACCUGCCAGCCCUCAUUGUGGUUUUAAUUUGCAUUUCCCUAAUGACUAAUGAUGAGCAUCUUUUAAUGUGCUUAUUGGCUAUUUGUAUAUAUCCUUUGGUGAAAUGCAUAUUCAAAUCUUUUGCCCAUUUAAAAAAACUUUUAUUGCAAUAAAUACAUACAACAGACUUUACCAUCUUAACUUGUUCAGCUCAGUGGCAUUAAUUACAUUCACAAUGGUGUGCAACUAUCACUACUAUCUAUUUCCAGAACUUUUUUUUAUCACCCCAAAUGGAAACUCUACCAAUUAAACUGUAAUUUAUUCCUUCUUCCUUCCCUACCUCCUCUCAGCCCCUGGCAACCACUAGUCUACUUUUUGUCUCUAUGAAUUUACCUGUUUUGGGUAUUUCAUGUAAAUGGAAUCAUGCAAUAUGUGGCCUUUUAUGUCUGGCUCCUUUCACUUAGCGUAAGGUCUUCAAUCCAUGUUACAGCAUGUGUUAGUACUUCAUUCCUUUUUAUGGCUGAAUAAUAUUCCACGGUAUGAAUAUAUCACAUUUUGCUUAUUCAUCUGUUGAUGGACAGGAGUUUCUAUCUUUUGGCUAUUGUGAAUAAUGCUACUGCCCAUGUUUUAAUCGGGUUGCUUAUCUUCUUAUCAACCUGUAAGAA